ACGCUAUGAUUCUGUGGAUUUGUCUCGGUGACCUUCCGGGGACAUCAGACCAACGCUCGACACUGGCGCAUCGACAUCAAACGCAAGACGCAGAAUGGCUGCGCGGAUCCAAGACGGCAUUGUCACCAAGUCCAACGAGCCCUUUCAGAGGCUCACGCCGCGGGCACUGGCUGCUCUGAUGCUGCAAGGCGCUGAGACGUGCGACUUUCAGUACUGGGAAGACGUCUUUGUCAAGGAAAGACAAUCCAAUCCAAACGCCAACGUCUUGAAGCGACAGAUAACGCUCUCUGACCGUCAGAGCUCGCGCGAAAACAUGAGCCGGAUCAUGAAAGCCCAUGCCGACAUCACGCCCGAUAUGGCGUCCGCAGCCGAGAGCGACGGUGGCGCCCAUAGGUCCGAUGCACCUGAGCCGACACACUCAGCGCUGCCACUGCUGAUCCUCGAUGUGCGCGAACCCGCGGAGUUUGAGGAAUGUCAUAUCGUCACAUCCAAGAACUAUCCGGUUUCGACUCUCUCGCGAAGCUUCCAGUUCUCAGGCGAAGUGCUGAGACUCAAAAACUCCCCUAGUGUUCUGAUUGUGAUCGUCGACGAGGACGAGCGCACUUCGAGCGCGAUGAUUCGUUUUUUCGUGGAGCGCGGAUAUGAAAACGUGCGACUGCUUAGCGGAGGGAUAUCUACACUAGCGCGGAGGGUGCAUGGCGUCUUAGUGGGUGUCCCGCCUGUUCGAUGGUUCUCUCCACCGACCCAGGCCCCAAGCGCACAGUCCAAAGGCGAUUCACUGUCGCAUCAUUCCAAGAAGGGCCGUGCCUCACCCCAUGCCCCCCAGCGGGGUCAGUCGCAUGCCUUGACUGACCCAGAACACGACAACUCCAUUGUUGUUGUCAAAAACACCCAGCCGGCGGAACGCUGGAACGUAGAAGCACUCAAAUUUAGUCUCGAAGCCAUCAAUGCAGCCACCGCCAAGCUUCCAAGAUCGCCUGCCCCUUCAAAGCCUCCAUCGCCACAUCCAUCACCAUCCCAGUCAAUGGAUCCGAGCCGAUGCAGUACCCCGGACAGUUUGGCGCAUGGUGUCGGGACACGCACCUCAAGCACCCGCACCACGCCGCUCGUAUCGGGACGCUCCACGCCUGCUGGUACCAACGAGAGCGAAUACGCCGCCGAGAUGACGCUGCAGACCUUCAAAUCCACUCCGCCUAUCCGCAGUCGUGUUCUGGGAGGGGGGUUGAGGAAGUAAGGGUAUCUGUGGUGGGGGUUGCUGCAUGGCAUCGACACGAUGUCGCAUUGUCCGUUUGCUAAAACAUUUGAAAAGCAUUUUGAAUAGAUUUCCAAUGACAUUCGGAUG